AUGAAUCCGGCGAAUUUCCAGCCUCCGAAUUCUCCGUUCCAGUGGGCUCCGAUGCUACCUCCGGAUCCGCCUCGUUGUGGUGUGUUUUGGAAUACGAAGAACAUAAUCGAUCAGCUUAAACAGCUCCAAGAUACGCUUAACCUGGCAAAAUCAAUGGAGAAGGAAUUGGAAGCGUUGAGGAUGAUAAAAGAUGCUAAAGGAUCAGUGGAAAUUGUAGAACAAGGUUCUGGAGUAGAGUGUUUGAGAUAUCUAGAAGGUAUGAAGAUGGAUUUGGAACAACAGGAGACACUUUCAGUGGAAGCUGCAGACUCCUUAAUGUCUACCUUAAGAGCAAAGCUUGAGCCUUUUAGGUUUGUUGUUGAUGAGAAUAGUCCAUGGGAGGAGAAAUCUGCAGCAGUAAGAUUGACUUGCAGAAUGAAGAAGUCGACAAGGAACAAACUGUGGAAGAAACGAAAGAGACGAUGUGUUGCAGAGUUGCGUGCUAAGGAGCCUGAAAGAUUUGAACAAGCGAAUCGAGAGGCCGAUGAAUGGAGGGAAAGGGAAAUGGCCAAGGACAUGGCAAACAGAAAGGUCGACGAAAUGAAGGCAAUUGAGAAGGUCAAGGCUAAACGAAAACGAAGGAGACUAGAACCUGAGCUUGAACUAGCUCUAAUAGUAGAGGAAAUGCAAGAGUUACGAUCCCUAAGAAUCGAAAAACUAAAAAAGCAAGGUCAUUUUCUUCCAGAAGAAGAUGACAAGUUCUUCGAGAGUGUUCGUGCUGCAGUGGAGCAAGAGGAAAACCAAGCUCAGUCCCUAAUCAACACAGAGACCGAAAAGAAUGUCGUUGCCUCGGAGGAGGACACUACCACUCUCACCACCAGUAACAAACCUGAGAAAGACGCGGAUAAGGAAACCAAUACUGUUGCAGCUUCUUGUGAAAAGACAAUGGAAGCUCCGGACAAUGCUUUCGACAAUGUAUCAAAUUUACCUGCUGAGUUGUAUCACUACUAUUACGGAAGCAAUUUGGACAUGGGAAGACUUAUUGAGAUCAGACGAGAAUGGGAUGCAUAUCUGAGUCCCGGAGGAAGCCGGAUUCCUGGACAUUGGGUCCAGCCAUCGCCACCAACUAAUGAGAUUUGGGCUUCAUGUCUUGUCAAAACUCCGAAUAAAGACCUCACUUCUUAG